UCCGAUCAAAGGUUUGAGUCAAAAGCGACCUUUACCCCGACUUGGUUUCGGAGAAUUCACCACCUCUUCUUCUUCCCCGGUUAAAAGCUCUCUCUGUUCCAUAAAUAAAUUUGAAAAUUGUGGAAUUUGUUUGAUGAUGUUGAUCCAAACUAUUGGGGUAUGUUUGGAGUAGUAUGGAAGUGGAAGAACAUCAAUAAUAAAUAAAAAGAAUGACGCUUUACAUUCGCCGCGAAGCUUCUAAGCUAUGGAAGAGAGUUUGUUCGGAAAUAGCGACGGAGAUUGGUCUUCUCGCCGACAACUGGAAAUACCUUCUUGCUGGUCUUCUCUGUCAGUAUAUUCACGGUUUAGCUGCUAGGGGAGUUCAUUAUAUUCAUCGGCCAGGACCUACGCUUCAAGAUCUUGGAUACAUUCUUCUUCCGGAGCUUGGUCAAGAUAAAAGCUACAUAAGUGAAACUGUCUUCACUUGUGUUUUUCUUUCGUUUGUCCUGUGGACUUUCCAUCCUUUCAUCAUAAAAAGCAAGAAGAUAUACACUGUGUUGAUAUGGUGCAGGGUUCUCGCCUUCUUAGUUGCUUGUCAGUUUCUCCGAGUCAUAACGUUCUAUUCCACUCAGCUCCCUGGCCCUAACUAUCACUGUCGAGAGGGUUCUGAGCUAGCUAGGUUGCCACGGCCACAUAGCGUUCUUGAAGUUCUCUUGCUUAACUUUCCUCGUGGGGUGAUAUACGGAUGUGGAGAUUUGAUUUUCUCAUCGCAUAUGAUAUUCACACUUGUCUUUGUCCUCACUUACCAGAAGUACGGUUCUAAAAGGUUCAUAAAGCUGUUAGGUUGGGUCAUUGCCAUCUUGCAGAGCCUCUUGAUUAUCGCGUCACGCAAACAUUACACAGUCGAUGUUGUCGUUGCUUGGUAUACAGUGAACUUGGUUGUGUUCUUCCUCGACAAGAAACUACCAGAGUUGCCUGAUAGGACAACUGUGUUGCUUCCUGUAAGCUCUAAAGACAGAACUAAAGAAGAGAAUCACAAACUCUUGAACGGGAACGGUGUUGAUCCUGCAGAUAGGAUCCUUUUGGUUUCUCAGAGACCGAGGGCUCAAGUGAAUGGCAAUGGAGGUCACACCGAUAACGCUACCAAUGGCGCAUGAGAACUCGAAGGAAAAGCUAUAUGCCCAUGAGACUUUGGAGAUCAAUAUAAUGGGGCUGAAGCUUAACAACAGAAACAUAUGCGGUGAAAUAUAGGAAACAAAUAAAAUGAAAAUGUUGUUACUACUAUGAAGACGGAACGUGGCAUGUGCUGUCGGUAAGGAAUGUGGUCAAAGGCACAUCCCAUGUGGGCUCACAUGUUUUACAUCUUCUCAGGACACAACUUUGUCACCAAUCUCUGUCUUUUUUUUUCUUUCCCUUUCACAUUUUCGGUGCUCAUUGCACUCACAAAUCUGUAAGAUAUAUACAAUACAUAUAUACUAGUCUAAUGUAGCAUAUGUACAUAAGAGUCUUGACCAUGUUCUUAUAUGGAUGACAUGAAUUGGAAGAGAUCGCUAAUUGAUGUAAACACAGCAUGCUAGAUUUAAUUUUUGUUUAUUUUUUUGUUUUUUGACAUGCUAGAUUUGUUGUUUCGUAUAGAUUAAUUGAAAAGGUUAUGCCUUA